AUUUUCAUUUCAAAGAUGCCUGUCGUGGACUGUAAAUUUGAUCUACCAAUAAUGGAUAAUGCAAACAAAAAGCAAAAUAUUCAUAAUGAUAAAGAGAAAGAAAAAGAGAAUGAAAGAAAAAAUCUGGAUCAAGGAAUUUCAAAAGAAUCAGAUUUAGAUGUAUUAUAUACAACUCGAUUAGAUUCUACAAGUCAGGAAGAUGUUGAAAAAAAGAUUCAGUGUCUGAAGCAUUUAUUGGAAAAGGAUCUAAGAGCAGCUGAUUUAAAAUGGUCCUUAUUUGUAGCAGCUUGCAAUACAUAUCGUUACGAUACUUGCUUAAAACCAUUUCCAUCAAUGUAUAUAAAAAAUGAAUGCAAAGACAUUGAAGCUCUGAGGAGAGCAAUAGAAAUAAUUCCCCCAUUGGCUGUAAUAUUUAAAGCAUUAUCAGAACAAGAUGUAUAUGAAAGAUAUGGAACAGCUAUAGAUUUAUUACAUUGGGUUUUAGUACGUUUAAGAGACCCUUAUAUAAAAAGUAUUAAAAAAGAAAGUUAUGAUUCAAUAUUGAGAAAAGUACCUUCAGAAAUGUCAGUAGUUGCACCAAAUUUAAUAUUCCAAGUUACAAGUACAAAACAAUCCACUUCAGAAGACAGAUGGAAAACAAUUGCUGAAGGACAUUCAACUUUUUAUGCUUAUCAUGGUAGUCGAUUAGAGAAUUUUCAUUCUAUUGUACAUUAUGGUUUACAACAGAGUAUGUGUAAGAAGUCACUGUUUGGUAAAGGAAUAUAUCUUUCAAGUGAAUUAGGUGUAAGUUUACCGUACAGUCCAGUUGGCUAUGGAUGGGGAGGUAGUGUGCUAGGAAGUGAAAUGAGUUGUAUAGCUUUAUGUGAACUAAUUAAUCAUGCAGAUGUAAAAAUUGGAGAUUCAGAAAAUAAUGCUAGAAAUUUAGUCACAGAUUCCACAGGUGGAAGAGUUCCAAAUAAAUAUUAUUUGGUAACAAAUAGUGAAUUAAUAAGAGUACGUUAUCUUCUUAUUUACAGUCAACAAAUUCAUGCCACAAGAUGUACUGAUAAUAAGGGAUUAUUGGCAUGGUUCAAGCAACAUAAAUUAUUAACAUUUAAUAUUGUAAAUCAAGAAAAUGUUAAGAACCUUAAGUCCUCAGUGACUACAAUACCUGGAAAGACUAAAAGAGCUGCUUUGGGUGAAAUAGGUAACAAAGUGAAUACCUUAAGAGGUGUGGAGCCCAUUGAUAGAACUAGCUUGCUGACAAAAGAUAAUAAAAAAAUCACAGUUUCAAAACAAACUAUUAAAACAUCAGAAAAAGGAAUUGAGAAACUACCUAUCCAAAUAGUUAAACCUGUAAAAAAGGUUACAGUUUCUUAUGAAAAUAAUGUGGUGUCACUACCUCCUAAGGAGGUUCAGUCAUUCUCCUCAGAUCUGUUAGCAGUUGAGGAUAUUGAUGAAGAAGAUAGGAAUCCUAGUCUAGUUUCUAUUUAUAGUAAUGACAUUUAUGGAUAUUUAAGAACCUUAGAAAAUAUGUUUCCUAUCUCAAAAGGAUAUUUAGAUGGACAAGAAGUUACACCAAAAAUGAGAAGUGUACUUAUAGAUUGGUUAGUAGAAGUACAUCAACAAUUCCAUCUAAUGCAAGAGACAUUAUAUCUGACUGUUGCUACUAUUGAUAGAUUUUUACAGGCUUUUCGUUCAAUAGAUAGAAAAAGAUUACAAUUAGUUGGUGUGACAGCUAUGUUUAUAGCUAGCAAGUACGAAGAGAUGUAUUCUCCAGAUGUAAAUGACUUUGUAUAUAUCACAGAUAAUGCAUACUCAAGGAUAGAAAUAUUACAAAUGGAAAUGCUUAUUGUGAAAACAUUAGAUUAUUCUUUUGGUAGACCAUUACCCUUACAUUUUUUGAGAAGAUACAGCAAAGCUGGAAAGGCUCUUCCAAUACAUCAUACAAUGGCCAAAUAUUUUCUAGAACAAAGUUUAGUGCAUUAUGAAAUGUGUCAUUAUCCACCAAGUCUUAUUGCAGCUGCAGCAAUAUAUUUAGCUUUCCUAAUUAUUGAUAAUAAUGACGAGGACGAGCAUAAAAUUGUUUGGACCAAUACCUUGGCACAUUAUAGCACUUAUUCUAAGGACGACGUGUUUCCCGUGGUACGGGAAACAGCGAGUAUUAUAGUUAAUGCGGAUAAGAUCAAAUAUCAAGCUGUAAGAAAGAAGUACGCCCAAUCGAAAUGCAUGAAGAUCAGCACACGACCGGAACUUAAAUCAGCAACGAUAUUUGCUAUAUCCACUGCGGAUAAUAAAGCAAUAUAAUAUUCAAUUUAUAAAAUAAUUACAGUGAAACAUUGGUUUGUUCAAUAUUUCAUUGGACAAAAUAAAUACACAUAUAGGAUAAUACAUCUUUAAAAGGAGAAAUACAUGAAAUGAGUAGACGAAAUAAAAAGAA